CACCCCAAAAGAGGGACAGUCCGCGCAAAACAAUGACAUCUUUCCGAAGAAGCCCAAAUUCUAAGUAAGCACCCGUUCCAUAACAGGCCCAACAGCCCGAACCGAGAUUUAGUUACUGUCCUUGAACCCUGAAAUCUGAAUCUCACCGCUCCCUAUUCCCACGAAUCCUGUAAACCCGUGGGAUACACAACACAAAGCAAAAAUCAUGGCUAGGCGCUGCAUAUCGUUUUCUCGAACUCUUCUCUCCAACAGUAGACCAUCAACAGUCAGUUCCUCACCAAGUUUACAAUCCCUUCUCGGCCAGCGCCCUCAGUCUCGCCGUUCCCUUUCCACCAUCCUCAUCAGGAGUAAUGGAGUACUAGGAUGCGCGCAAUCGUUACUACCACUUCACAGUGCGGUGGCAGCCAGCCGUCUGACAUCCCAAAUCCAAAUGGAGGCGCGGACUUGUUGCCAGUUGUCUCAGGUUUGCUUUUUCAGUCAUCUGGUAUUCACAAGCUCGGCAGGAUUGGGUGGGGGCUGGUACUUAAGGACGCAUUACGUAUUAGCUGGAAAAGCUGCUGUAUCAAACAUUUGGAGGAUUUUUGGUGAACUUUUCCCUGGAAGUACAAAGCUGUAAGCUCUAAAUUCAAUGUGCUUUCCUAAUUUUUUUUUUUUCGGGGUUGAUAUUGGAAAUUCCAGAAUUCUUGAAAGCCCUGAAAUGAUAAUUCUCUAGGUGAACUUGUCGCAGUCCAUACGGUUUUAUGUUGAUAGAGGACAUCUCUUCAUUUGAAGUAUUUAAAUUUUUUGAUUGGCUAUCACUUAUGGGAUAAAGAUCCUGAAAGCUAUGUAAUGAUUGCCAAAAGAUGAUGCUUUUACCUGAGAAAAUCUGAUUCUGGGCGUUACUGUUCAUGUCCUUUGCCAAAUAAAUUCACAUUUUUUU